AUGAAGAAACUCUUUGGUUCCAUCGUCAAGCCUCCUUGUACCGUCGAUAUUGAAUUGGAGCCAUCGGGGAAAGUUACCGGAAAGGGUCAGACUGCCACCAUUCUAGUGAACAAUCCAAAAGAUAGAUUUGGAAAUGAAGGAAUUGAACAACGGUUGCUUGUUUUUGAUCAAGCCGAUCCCAUUCAAGGAAAGGUAAAGCUGAGUGUAGAGAAACCUUUUGAUCACCUUGGUAUUACUGUUGAAUUGCUUGGAGAAAUUGUCACCUACUUGGACGGUCGCAACGUUUCAACCUUCUUGUCCAUCUCAAAGGAGUUGGCACCACCAACUGCUCCAAAUUGUCCUCUUUCAAGAGAUGCUGAAUAUGAAUUUAGCUUUAAAUCAGUAGACAAAGAAUGGAACAGUUAUCGUGGUAUUAACGUAGAUGUCAGAUAUUAUUUGAGAGUGACUGUAAAUCGUUCUGUAAAAGUGAUCAAUACAAUUGUGAAGGAACAAGAAUUUUGGGUCCAAAAGAUUGUACCAAAACCAUCCGAGGAAGAUCCAGGUAUUGGAAUGGAAGUUGGUCUGGAAGGAAUUGUUUUACUUUCCAUCAAAUAUAAUAAUGUUCAACAUGACAUUAAGAAUGGAUGUAUUUUGGGAGAUUUGCAAUUUUUCCUUGUGAAUGUGAAAAUUGAUAAGGCAGAAGUGAGCAUUAUUAGAAAAGAAACUCUUUUGGGCACACCAAGUUUACAAGUUUCUACUCCUUCUUCUUCAUUUAAAUCAAAUUCAGCAGCUGAUGAAGGCCAUUCCGAACAAGAAGUUUUACACAAAUUUGAAAUUAUUGAUGGAACACCUGCCAAAGAUGAGAAGGUUCCAGUAAGACUUUAUUUGAGGGCAAUUGAGCCAUGGAAAUUGACAAACACUGAAGAAUCUGUCAAUAAGAAAUUCAGCGUGAAAUAUUUCAUUCACUUGGCGUUGUGUGACACCAAGGGACGAAGAUUUUUCAAGCAACGAGAAAUCCAACUCUAUCGUACAGGUCUUUAA